AUGACCGAUAACGCACUCGUCGCCGUAUCCUCUUCUACAUCUGCUCUUCGAUCCGAUUCCGAUGUCGAUGCCUUGCCUUACGUCGAUCGCGAAGUUGAUGAUCCAGAAUUGAAAGCAGCCGUUGAUCGACUUCUUGAUCAAGAAAUGCGACGUAUGCGACGGAGAGACGAUCGGUGUCCAUUGCCAACGCAAGUCGAGUUGUUCCAAGAUAACGCCACACUCAAAGAAGAAUGGGAUCGAGCCAAACAAAAGCAACCGUUGAACGUCCUGGAUACCGAGCGUUAUGAGCUUAAGGGCCCUGCCAACGAUGAUGACAUUGAAGGCUGGCAAAAGGCUGUCGAUAACACAAAAUCUCAAUUGGAAUCACAGGCUGGCAGUAUGUUCAAUCUGGAGCUGUUGCAAAAAUAUGGUGCCAAUGCAUGGCGUGUCCACAACUAUCAACUUGAAUCACAACUCAAAAUGCUGCAAAAGGAAACUGAGGAGUAUCGUGAAAAGAUUCGGGAGAUCAGUCGCGAACGUAAAAAUGAGCAGACACAAGCAGGUGGAUCACUUCGCUCUUUGGAAAACAAGUGGUCGGAUCUUAUUACACAAAACUUACAGGUGGAGAUUGCGUGUGCGUCAUUGGAACAAGAGGUGGAGGAACUUCAACGAUACAAGGAAAUGCUCGAGGCAAAAAAGAAACGUGCGGAAUAA